AGCGCCACAUUAUAAAAGUAGCAUUGGACUUGCGCGUUGUUUCCAUUGACAUAAUCUCCAAGCAAAAUGCGGGAAAAAAGUUUAGUUGUAACGCUCCUUUUUGCAGUAUUCUAUUCUAUCGAUGCAAGUGCAGUGCCCGUCAACAAGAAAUGUGCAACAAACGACUCUAAAUGUUUGAAGGCAUCAAGUAACUAUAUGAUACCGAUAUUUGCGGCUGGUCUUCCCGAUAACGGCGUCGAAACUCUGGAUCCAGUAACAUUUCAUAAUAUCGACGCAAGUUCACCCAAUUUGAAACUCAUCUUAACCGAUGUCACAUUCAAAGGCCUUAAAAAUUCUGAAGUGAAAAAGAUUAAAAUUGAUAAAUCAAAAGGAAAACUCCUGAUUAAGUUGCUAUGCUCUGUCGACAUGGACGGAUCCUAUGAGAUGAAUGGGAAGCUGCUCAUCCUACCUAUCGAAGGCAAGGGACCAAUCCACGUCAAACUAAGGAAAGCUGAAGUAAGUGUUGAAGUGGACGUUAAUUUUGAAUCCGCUAACUGGAAAAUCAAGCAAUGGAAACAUUCUUAUGAGUUGAAAGAUAAAUCAGAAGUUGUUUUCGAAAAUCUCUUCAACGGAAACGAAGUUUUGGGGAGUGUAGCCCGUGAUCUUGUCGCAAACAGCGGCAAUGAAAUCAUCACAGAAGUUGGACCACCAGUCAUUAAAACCGUCGUUGACAAAGUCAUUAACUCUAUUGCAGCUCUAUUCGAUACUAUUCCUGCAAGUGAAUUGUCUUUAGAUUAAAACUUAAAUAUAAGGGAACUUAAUAUGUAAGUGUCGGUUUGUUAUUUUUGUUUAAAUAAAUUGACUAUUAAAUUAUCUGAAGUAUUAAA